AUGAUGCGGAAGGAUCGGGGAUAAAUGUUUUCGCAAUAUUCCCAGACAGUCUAAUUGCAAUCUUGAGCUCGUUCCAGACGUCACUCGCGGAAGUGAAAAUGUCGUACAUCUCUGCAAAGGCAAUUCUCGUGAUUUUGACCCUUUUAUGCGCGACCAGAUACAAGACAACAGGCGCAUCUAAUCCAGAUGAUAUACUUCUUAAUUCCAAUGACGUUUUGGUCAUGAGCUAUACACGCGCUAAUGCAAAAUUUUUAAUAGAUGUGUUUAAAAAUUUACAGGAGGGACAAAGCUUACCACAAGCAUCGGGUCAUAAGGAUGUCGAAAAGGGCAUAGCUUUUGCGGACACCAUCAGAAGCUUUUCUGCAUCAGGAAACCAGACAGAUGACGAUGCCGGUGAGGUGACAUUCGUCCUCAGCAAAUUCCACAUUCCACAAGAAGAGCACAUAAGACUGGUCGAGUUGCGUAUUCCAUCACACGAGAUCGCCAAUGAUUCUCUGCCCAAGUACAAAACUGACAUAGAAGUCUCUGCGGGCGAAAAGUUGGAUUUCAUCAAAAGAAAGCGAUCACCGGGCAGAAGAACAGUCAAUGGAGAUGUGGUUUUUACGAUAACUCCUCUGAUAAAGAAGUGCCUUUCCAGCAUCAAAAAUAUCACUGCAACAGACGUGUAUCUCAAACUCCGUGCCUUAGGGGAAUCUGCAAGCAUUCUUCCCCUUAGCAAAGCGAAGGAAGCUGUCAUAGUGGUGUAUUCAGAAGACCACGCAUUUUUCAAAAACUUCCAGAGAGCCGCUAAUUCCAGGCCAGCUCGCUCUGCGCCGGAGUCAAAAUUCACCGGGCGAAAGGGGAGGCGUGGAAGAAAGCGCAAAGACAGAAGGAAGAACAGGACUGAAUACAAACACCCCACAGAGAUAAGUCCCUGCACAAAGCAUGAUUUUUAUGUAGAUUUCAGUGACAUUGGGUGGGAUCAGUGGAUCGUGUUCCCGAAGCGUUUUAACGCUCAUUUUUGUUAUGGACAGUGCCGCCCGCACCAAUCCCAUACCACCCCACCCAGCAACCACGCCAUUAUGCAGGGUUUGGUCAGCUGGGUCCAUCCUGAUGAUGUCCCCAUGCCGUGUUGUGUGCCCACGAAACUGAAACCUCUCAGCAUGCUGUAUUACGAGCACGAUGAGAUAGUUGUACGGCAUCAUUCAGAUAUGGUUGUUGACGAAUGUGGUUGUCGAUAGAUUAUUUAUUUACCUGUGAUAUUUUGUCUUGUGGUUUGAAUUUCAACGCUCGUUUCCCUAUUCUUACAGCCCUAUUACCAAGGUUACUAUUAUGAACAAAUCCACUGGGUCAUUUCAUGAAUUGAAUUUCAAGAAUUCAUUGAUAAAGGAAGUGAUAAGCUACAAAAUAUUCAUAUCUAAGUCAUAUUUUAUUUUCU